AUGGAUGUUAUCAAAAACGUGGAUUUGAAGCAAAGAAACUUUAAGAAAAUCGGACUGAUCUGCAUAGCCGUGCUGGUGUGUGGAAUGGUGUUUAGCUAUGGAAUAUUUCCCUCAAUUUUGCGCUUCAUGAUCAAACAGAACGUUUUACUUAAACCGGGCACACAGAUACGCGACAUGUUUGAGAAAAUUCCAUUUCCGUUGGAUUUCAAGCUACACAUCUUUAACGUGACGAAUCCGGAUGAAAUAAUGCGCGGAGGCAAACCCCGUGUCAAGGAUAUUGGACCACUUUAUUUUGAGGAAUGGAAGGAAAAGUACGACACUGUGGAUAAUGCUGAGGAAGACACACUUACCUUCACACUACGCAACACAUGGAUUUUCCGGCCCGAUCUAUCCGCCCUAACCGGGGAAGAAAUCGUCACCAUACCUCACCCGCUGCUAAUGGGUGUCCUGUUGAUGGUGCAGCGUGACCGAGAGGCAAUGAUGCCACUCGUCAAGAAGGGCGCCAGCAUCAUUUUCAAUCCACUAGAGUCCGCUUUCCUGAAGGUUCGCAUCAUGGAUCUGCUGUUCGAUGGCAUAUUGGUGGAUUGCAGUAGCCAAGACUUUGCCGUCAAAGCGCUUUGUUCCGGCAUGGAUUCCGAGGGUGCGGUAAUUCCGUACAACGAGACACACUACAAGUUUUCCUUCUUUGGAUUGCGCAACCAUACCGAGGCUGGCCGAUGGGUCGUGUACCGGGGUGUGAAGAACAUUCGCGACCUUGGCCGUGUGAUUUCGUACAACGACGAGACGGAGAUGGAUAUCUGGGACGGGGACGAAUGCAACCAGUACAUUGGUACCGAUUCCACGAUUUUCCCACCAUUCCUUACCAAGCAGGAUCGGUUGUGGGCCUGGUCGCCGGAAAUUUGUCGCUCCCUGGGUGCUCACUAUGUGCACAAUUCGAAGUACGCCGGGCUACCGAUGAGUUACUUCGAGUUGGAAUUUGGUGAUCUGAAGAAUGAACCUCACAACCAUUGCUUUUGUCGGGAUCCACCGGAUGAUUGUCCUCCAAAAGGUACGAUGGAUCUGUCACCGUGUCUAGGGGGACCAAUUAUAGGCUCGAAGCCUCACUUUUACGGCGCAGAUCCGAAGCUCAUUGAAGCGGUAGAUGGAUUGGAACCGAACAAGGAAGCACACGAUGUGUACAUUCACUUUGAGCUUUUUACCGGAAGUCCUGUGUCUGCUGCAAAACGUCUCCAGUUUAGCAUGGAGUUUGGCCCAAUUCGCGACCAUGAAGUGUUCGGUGAACUACCGGAGGUGAUUUUACCAAUGUUUUGGGCGGAAGAGGGUGCAUCACUCAAUAAGACCUGGACCAACCAGCUCAAGUAUCAAUUGUUCCUUGGUCUCAAGUUUAAUGCCACCGUAAAAUGGUUAACGAUUAUAAUCGGUACGGUCGGUGCGGUUGGGUCGGCUUACCUGCAUUUCCGCAAGGAGUUCAAAACGAGCGACGUGGCACCGGUCAAUCCAGCCACACCGGACACUAAUCCUUCGUCUGCCAAGGAUGGUGUGGUGAACGUUUCGCUUGGGAAAAAUCUACCGCCCGUCAUCGAUGGGUUGGACAAACCACCGAAAAUGUUGGCGUCUGAGAUACGGCCAGAUCGAUAUUAG